AUGGCUGAGCGUUGUGAGAAUUUGUGCAGCCCAUGGACCAACAAAGUGACGGAGUGUCGAAUUGUCUUGGAUAGGUUCCACAAGGGGAACCACUCUUGGUGUCUUCGUCAUCGCCCGCAGGUGGAUCCAGAUCAUCCAGACAACAUUCCUUUGCUGCAGUUUCGCAACUCGGAGAGCUGUGAGCAGUUGAACGUAUGGAUCUCUGGUCGCACUGCUGCUGCCUUGAACUUGACAGGCGCUAGAUUUGGUGUCUAUUGGCAUGCUCUUUUUGCUGAGCACAAUGAAUGGCUGGAGCAAUGUAGUGCGGCGCGUCGUCGUCGCUUCCAGGCUGGCUUCUUGAAGAGAAACCCAGACAAAUGCGAAAGCAAAUCGGUCGGAUAG